CGGCGGCGGCAGCAUCCAGCGGCGGUGCCAGCAGUCCCAGCCCGUUGCUUUACUUUUCAGCUGCACGAAUACAGUCAUGCCGAAGAGAAAGUCUCCAGAAAAUACAGAGGGCAAGGAUGGAUCCAAAGUAACUAAACAGGAGCCCACCAGACGGUCUGCCAGGUUGUCAGCGAAACCUGCUCCCCCCAAACCUGAACCUAAACCAAGAAAAACAUCUGCUAAGAAAGAACCAGCAACAAAGGUUAGCAAAGGUGUUAAAGGGAAGAAGGAGGAGAAGCAGGAAGCUGGGAAGGAAGGUACCGCAGCACCGGCUGAAAAUGGUGACACUCAAGCUGAAGAGAUCCACAUCUCUCGCUCAACUGUUAAUGUCUCAGCCUCCAGAGGUACCCCACCCAGCACACUGUCAGUAAAGGGGCAGAUUGAAACAGUGAGAGUUAAGGGUACAGUAGACAAUUCUGCACGUUUGCAGUGACUAGCAUCAGAUAGUAGUGUGGUGGUGUUCUUUUUCUUUAAUCAUGAACUGCGGGAGCCCCGCAGGCAAAGCUUCUGUGGUCGUUUGCAAAGCAGAAAGCAACAAAUGCAGCCAAGUGUUCGUGUCAUAUAUCCCUGCCCUGUCUGUUUUUACACCCAGAGUUGACUCGGUUUUGUAGUAGAGCCGCUAAAAACAGAUGUUCCAAACUGUGCGUGUUGCUCGGGUGGAGUCUUCUUUGGCUUAUGGUAGUUUUAAUAGUAACUGUCUUUUUUGUCUUCCUUUCUUUUU